CAAAACAUCAGAUCAUCCGCUAUGGCAGACAACCUCAAUUUCUCCUGCGCCCUGGUCACCGGAGGAGGUGGCGGAAUCGGCAAAGCAAUCGCAUCCUACCUCAUCUCGAAAGGAAAAAAGGUCAUCAUCGCAGGUCGCACGGAGCCCAACCUCAAAGAAACAGCCGAAGAAAUCGGCGCGACCGCCUAUUAUGUCCUGGACACUGGUCUAGUCGAUACAUUCCCGGCCUUCAUUUCUGGCAUCACGAAGGAGCACCCAGAGCUGGAUUGUCUGAUCAACAACGCCGGAGUCCAGAGACCUAUCGACCUAGUGAAUGAAAGCCCAGAGGAUGUAUUCCAGAAGGCAGACCAAGAAAUCGACAUCAACAUUCGCGGACCGAUGCAUCUCACCCUGAGACUCCUCGACCACUUCAAGGCGAAGUCGAAUGGAGCCGUGAUCGUCAACGUGUCGUCGGUCUUGGGAUUUGUCCCCUUCGCUCCCAUCAACCCGUCCUACGGCGGGACAAAAGCAUGGCUGCACUUCUGGAGCAUGAACCUCCGUACUCAGCUGCAGAAGAGCGGGUAUGGGAAAAUCCGAAUCAUUGAGAUUGCUCCUCCGACGGUCGCGACCAAUUUGCAUCGCGACAGGGAGGACCCCGAUGACAAUAAGAAGCACAACAACCCCAAUGCAUUGUCGAUCGAGGAGUUCAUGGACGACGUGAGUGCCAAGUGGGAGCAAGGGGAUGAGAUGAUAGCAUCGGGGAUGAGUGGGGACUUGGUGGACCGGUGGUAUCGGGAAUUUGGAGGGUUUUACGAAAAGACGACUCGCUAGAUUGGUUGAUCAGGAUGAUAGUUUGAGGUCGGGUGGGUUUAUUCUAUAAUUGUACAGUUUUUUAGGAUGAAGGCGCGCGUGUUUUGCACUUUGUGUUGAAGAUAAUUGUGCUCAUGAUGGGCA